UUCUCUCCCAAAUCUUCAAAACACAAUUUUUUUUUUGUCUCUUUUCCCCGAUCAGAUCUCAUCGGACGAGCCAUGGCUUCAAGUUUCAGCGGCGAUGAAACUGCUCCUUUCUUCGGAUUCCUCGGCGCUGCCGCCGCUCUCGUUUUCUCCUGUAUGGGAGCAGCGUACGGUACAGCAAAGAGCGGGGUUGGUGUAGCGUCGAUGGGUGUGAUGAGACCAGAGCUUGUGAUGAAAUCUAUUGUUCCUGUGGUUAUGGCUGGUGUUUUGGGUAUUUAUGGUCUCAUCAUUGCUGUUAUCAUCAGUACUGGAAUCAACCCUAAGGCUAAGUCUUACUAUCUCUUCGAUGGCUAUGCCCACCUCUCCUCUGGUCUUGCUUGUGGUCUCGCUGGUCUCUCCGCCGGUAUGGCUAUUGGAAUCGUCGGCGAUGCUGGUGUUAGAGCCAAUGCGCAACAACCAAAGUUGUUCGUGGGAAUGAUUCUGAUUCUCAUCUUUGCUGAAGCACUUGCUCUGUACGGUCUCAUCGUUGGUAUCAUUCUCUCUUCUCGAGCUGGUCAAUCUAGAGCCGAUUGAAGAAAUCAAAAGUAUCUAUCCCAUAUGAGCUUAAAUCCUUGUAAUGUUUUUGGUUUAUUUUGCUAUCAGUUUUCUUUUGUGGUAUUGUGAGUUGAGUUUCUCAUGAAAACAAACACCAUGGGUGAAAAUUAUUUGACUUUUGGUUUCAAAACCAUUUCUUUCUUUCUUUUGCACACUAUAUGGAAUUAUGGAUACAUCAAUAAGUAAUAAAAAUAUGACCAUUCAAUGA